AUCACAGAUGAGCCAUUCUGCAAGUAUGCAGAGAGGAAAUGCUCACAACCCGGAGAAAAUGGAUUAUGUGUUUUCACAUAAUAAAAGAAAACGAUUUGCCCCUACUCUAGUGCGACAAAAUGUGAUGAGAACAGAAGGAGAAUAUGAAGAGAGUGACAGUGUCAUUUAUGAGUACGAACCAGACUAUGAAUGUGGGAGUAUCGUAUCUGAAGCUUCUUACACGGGAGACCUGCAGAAAACUCUUAUGGAGGUCCUCAGCUAUUGCCAGGCCAUGUAUGAUGCCAUUCAGAAACUGGAUAAAAAAUUUGACCUCCUUCAUCAAAAGGUCUCAGAAAUGCAGCAUACUCGUGUGAAGCCACUGUUGCUCAAACCUAGACCAGUUGGCUUUGCAUACAGAAGCUCCAGUCACUUGCCCCAGGGAAAAAUUGGAGUACCGAAGUCGAUGGACAGGGAAUCAAGCCUUCAUCUCUCUUCACCGGGCCAGGGAAGGCAUAGCCCUGUCAUAAGGGUUGCUCUGCAGAAGGGCCACGUUCAGGUCAACUCAAUAAAACGUAUUCAACAGACUCUUCAACUCGAAUCGCAGCAGCCUGUUUUGAGGCAGAGCCCACCGCUGCCCACGAUAGUUUCUACUCAUUCAUUGCAUUCACCAUACACGGCAACUAACGGCAUCCCUGACCUUUCUGCACUAUCAAGUGUGAAAACCACCGUUGUGGAAAGCACGGUCAACAUUGCAGCUUCACCAGGGACAUCAUCAGUGAUGACGCCAUCUUCUGAGACCAGUUUGGAAAAUAACGGUGUGCAGGUGAAUUACAGAGACAGAUCUGGGAAUGUUAGCAAAGAGCUGCCGUCUUCUUCCGUCUCAAUCAAUCCUAGCUUUGAGUUUCUUGCAGCUAACUUUCCAAACUAUGAUUUGAGUGAAUAUGGAAAAGACUGGAAAACCUGUAUCACAAACGUCAAUGCUAUGAUCCGCUGUUUGCGUUCUGAAACAAAAAUACGCACAUUAAUUAUUAAACUCCUCACGACAUGA